UAACUAGUCAUCAUCAUCAAGCUAAUGUUGCAGUCUCUUACUACCACUAAAAUAAGAAGACAAAACAUUAAAAUUAAAACCAAUCAUUUGUUUUCUUGAGUUUCUGUGAACUCAAAAAAAAAAUCAAAUCCUUUUUGAGUUUCAAUCUCUGAGAGUUUCUAUGAAACAAUCGUCAUGGGGUUGCACAAUCUUCAUCCAAUUAUCUCUAUGUCUCAUCAUCUAUGUGUCUCUGCAUUCGGGUCACCCAUUCUUCUUCUCUAGUGACGACGGUGACAAUGCCACACCUCUAGAUCUUCAUUUCAUCUCCGUUGCCGGCGGUUUCAGGCCUCUUAACCACCAAACUCGCCUUCUCCGAUUGAUGGAGAAAGUUGCAGAAACUUACAAGGCCAAAUUUGUUGUGAGCUCAAGUGAACAAGGAGAAGAAGAUCCAUUCCUGCAAAAUGCGACUCGACUGUCUUCUUCACUGAAACUUCCAUGGUACACUAGAAUGAAAGGAUCUGGAUAUUUCAGAGAGCACAUCAAAAUGCCUUUUGGUGGAUCCUUGGAUGUUGUUUUCGUAGACACUGGCUCACUCAAGCAGGAAGUGCUUGGUGGAGCAGUGAAUGCCUAUAUGAUCAGUCAAUUGAAAGGGUUGACAAGGAUUCUAAAAGCAGUAGACGGAGACUGGCGUAUUGUGGUUGGAUCAGACCCGUUACUCGCCUAUACUCUAACUAAGGAACCAGAGGAACCUAAGAGAGUGGCAAGGACAUUUCAUCAAAUCAUGACCAAAUAUGGAGUGGUAAGACAUUGAAUAUCUUGCAUUGCCGAGAAAUUUGAUGGAACGAAUCAAGUAUAUGAUUGAUCUGAGAGGAAAAACUUUGAUGAAUACAAGAACUUAUAUAUAAGCGAAAAAGGCUGCACAAGGGGAGGCAGCAACGAGAGCUUGACUUGCAUUACGGUUCCUAAUCAACAAGAGAACCAAGGUCCAACGAAUAAUAGUAAGAGAGAAAGGGAAGAUGGGUUUCUUCUUCACAGAGUUAGCUUCUCAGAGUUUGUUACUUAUACUAUCAACUCAUCAGGAGAAGUCAUUGACACAAAAUUAGUUAAGCAGAAAGGCAAAGAGACCAUCUAAGGUUUCAUUACUCCAUUGCUGUGAAGCGCACAAACAUUUUGUAUUCUUCGCUUAAUGACCGAAAUACCCUUUGAGUGGUCUGAGUCUCAGUUGAAUCGUCAGAGGGUAAAACUGGAAAUUUGAUUCUAUAAGUUUCACCCAAAAAAAAGGAAUGACCUUUAGGGUUUUGUAUUGGAUUUGGUCUCUCUCAUCAUUAGUUUAAGUAUGAGGUUCUGCUCCCGGAGGAUUUUUUCUUCCGGUGGAAGCGGAGCCGAUGAUUUCAAAUCUCUCUUGACGAACCACUUUUUAAAGUGGUGAUGAAUCAUCCAAUCAUCUCCUCCGUCACCACCACUGCCACUACUACUGAGCUUCCUCGAUUAAAGAUUCUACUUUACUUGGAUCUCUAUCUUCUUCUUCUUCUUUGUUUUUCGGUUAAGCUCUCUUCUUCUUCUUCUUCUUCUUCUUAUUGGGAGACAAUGAUGAUUCUUAAGAAGUCAAUAAACCAGACAUUGUGGUAACACUCUUCUUUCAUGGCGGGGCUAUAAGGAAAAAAGAGAACUCCUUUUUUUCUUUGUAAGCAGCCAUGGCUGAAGAGUUAAUCCUCUAAUUUGUCUGAGAAAAGGCGAAUCUGAGUCCUUUCCUGUGACAUGCAAAUAUUUUAUCAGAAUCCUUUUAAAAGUGUUUAUAAGCUAAAGUUUUGAUGCAUCGUUUUGUAGUAGAAUCUAAGUUUUUUGAGUUGUGAAAAUGGGACAAAGAUAGAGAUUUCUAUUAAAUUGAUGAUCUUGUCUUAAAGAGUUCUUCUGGUUCAAGUGUUGUCACACCAGUGUUUCAUCUAUCAUUAAAAUCAUAUAUGGAUGUGAAGAAUGGGG